CGGGCCGGCGGCGCGCGCCGAGCGGGGGGGCGCCGCGCGGUGCAGCCACGAUGGAAGGGGGUGCGUACGGAGCGGGCAAGGCCGGGGGCGCCUUCGACCCCUACACCCUGGCCCGGCAGCCGCACACCAUCCUGCGCGUCGUGUCGUGGGUGUUCUCCAUCGUGGUGUUCGGCGCCAUCGUGAACGAGGGCUACCUCAACAGCCCGUCGGAGGGCGAGGAGUUCUGCAUCUACAACCACAACGCCAGCGCCUGCAGCUACGGCGUGGCCGUGGGCGUGCUCGCCUUCCUCACCUGCCUGCUCUACCUGGCCCUCGACGUGUAUUUCCCGCAGAUCAGCAGCGUCAAGGACCGCAAGAAAGCCGUCCUGUCCGACAUCGGCGUCUCGGCCUUCUGGGCCUUCCUCUGGUUCGUGGGCUUCUGCUUCUUGGCCAACCAGUGGCAGGUCUCCAAGCCCAAGGACAACCCGCUGAACGAAGGGACUGAUGCCGCCAGGGCCGCCAUCGCCUUCUCCUUCUUCUCCAUCUUCACUUGGGCGGGCCAGGCCGUGCUGGCCUUCCAGCGGUACCAGAUUGGCGCCGACUCGGCCCUCUUCUCCCAGGACUACAUGGACCCCAGCCAGGACUCCAGCAUGCCUUACGCACCCUACGUGGAGCCCAGCAGCGGGCCGGACCCCGUCGGCAUGGGCGGCACCUACCAGCAGCCGGCCAACACCUUCGACGCCGAGCCCCCGGGCUACCAGUCGCAGGGCUACUGAGCCGCAGUGACCGCCCGCCCCCGCCUGUCCCUGCCCUGCCCUCUCCCGCCACACCCGCUCCCCCCCAGCUGCCCCGCCCAGCACCUCCGCGGGGGUGGUCAGCAUCGGGGGUGUCUGCGUGUGUGUAUGUGCCAGUGUGCUGGAGGGUAGGCGUCCAGCGGGGGCCUGGGGGCCGGGGGACUCGCAUCCACGCAUUGUGUCAUCAAGCUUUCGUGGAGCGCCCACCUUGUCAGGCCCGGGCUUGAUGGUGGUAGAAGAGGCAGGAGAGACCCUAGGAAAGGCAGGGUGAGGCGGGGACACCAUGGGGCUCACUGCCGGAGCCCUCCCGACUCACGGCGGGCCUGCUGGGAACAUCGGGGCUACCUCCACCUGGUGGCUGGGGAAGCAGACCCCAGGAGGUCACGGUCACUCGCCCAGGGGCCCCAGGCCCAGCACCUGCCUUCCUGCCCCUGGAGUGCCACCACUGAGCGUUGCUGUCUCCUGGGUGGUCUUGGGGCCCUUGGCCAGUGAGACUCCUGACUGCUGCGGGCUGUAGGAGGGCUGUGUCUCAGCGCUCCCCCAGGACCCCCAGGGACAGCCACGUCUUCGGCCCUCUUGUCCACAUCCCUGCCAGCCUCCCCCUGAGCUUGGCUCAGCCCUGCCGCCUGCUUCCCGACGUACAGCCUCUGCUCUAAGCGUCCCGCCUCUUGUGACCGCCCAAAGGACCGGUCCUUGUCCCUGCCUCUAGGCGGGCUGAGUCCUCCCCCAGGGCUGGUGGACGGGGGCCUGGUUGGGGGUGAAGGGGACUGGCCCAAGGUGCCGGUGAGUGAGCGGCAACCUUGGGCCGCUAUUGGGCUAUUGGCCUGGCUGCCCAGCGGGUGCCCGAGUCCCUGCCCUUGCUUCUGGUCCAGGACACUGUCAUUGCUCCGUGCAUCUGAGGUCAGCCGCGAGCUGUCCCUGGCCUUCCAGAAAGCGUGCGAGGGGCCAGCCCCCGUGGGGGCUGACAGAGAAGACGGCUUUGCCAGCUGCAGGCACGGGGGGCGCUGCCCCCAGGUGACACAGGCGGGAGCCUGGUGCACAGUGGGCUCGGGGAAGACCCCAGGCCAUAGGGGAGAGGCUAGCAGGUGACCCCCAAAGGUGCAACAAGGGCUGUGGGACCUGCGGGGCCAUGGUCCCUUCCUGGUGGGGCAGGAGGGGUUCUUGGCUGCACAAGGCACACGGGAUGGGGGAGGGGCAUGGGGUGUUGCUGGGGGCCAUCCUGUCUGUGCCCAGCGUCCACCAGUCCCUCCAGGAGUAGAGCAGGGGCAAUGGCCCUGUCUGCUGGGACCCCAGAGAGGCGGCAGGUGUGCGGGGGAUGCCGAGGGCGUGCAUGGCCCCUGCCCUCAACAGAGCUUCCUAGCGUCAGGGGAGGCCAGCAUGAAGCAGGCAGCCGUGCCGAGUGCGUCACACAGAGCUGACGAGGGCUCUGCAGAGUCUGUGGAGGACGGGUAGUAUGGAAAAGCUGCAUGGAUUCUGAUUUUUUUAAACCCAAACUUGUCCUUCGAUUCCAUUUUCCCAUGCACUUUGUGAAGUUCCCGAGUGUGGGUGCCGGGCACGCCCGAGACUCCCCUGAGGAGGGGCCCUGUGGGUGGGCAGCCUUGGAGGCAAGGAGAAGGAGCUCUCUAGGCAGAGCAGUGGCACCAUUGCCCCAGUUAGCAGUGAGCACAGUGAGCUGGCCGCGGGGCACGGAUCCGCACUCGGGUCUGCUCAGCAGGUCCCCCCAAGGGACAGCCAGGCGUUGGCGAUGGCCGCUGGGGGAGGAGCAGCUCGGGUGUGGGUUCCGUGCUGGCUGAGCAGGGGGAGCUGUAGCAGACCAGUGUGAGUGGUGGGGGUGGAAGUGUUUGUGCCCCCUGCCCACCAAAAGCCUCCCCUGCUGAUGGAGCCUGGCAGCCCCGGGGCGCUGCCCAUCUGUUUCUCCCCAGGCUCGGGGGCAGGGGCCGGUUGAGCUUUGACCAGUGGUUAUUGCAGGCUCUCCCUUGACCCCAAUCUGGGAAAGUUUACCCGACCCCUGCCAAUCACGGCGGGGGUGGGUGGGGUGGGGGGCUGUGGUCCCACCUCGGACGGCCAUGGGAAGAAGAUGAGAGAGGGACAGGGCUCCUGACCCCACUGCUGUGAGGCUAGUGGUGAACCAGUGGCUAAGGACAGCCUCGUGGGCUCCGCGUCUCCCUUGCUCCCAAGCCUUUGCUUGGACGAGGGCUGUCUGCGGCCUGGCUGCUGAAUUCCAGCACCCUCCUCCCAUGAAGCACAAGAGAGGGCCCAGGAGACUUGGGGUCCCCUUGCAGCCAGUGGAGUCUGUGGCAGGAAGACAGUGAGUUGAAGGUUCAGCACAUCAGGGAGUCCCGGAGCUGGGUCUGGUCCUGCCUGGUGGCUCCUGCCAACCCCAGGGGUGCAAGGGGUGCGAACAUUGAGGGGCAUGUCCCCAAGGGACCAGCCCUGAGACCUCCCCCCCACACUCCAUUCUUCCCUGGUGAUUCUUGGUCUUUAAAGACUCAACGGGUUGGGGGGGGGUCCUAGGUUUUCCCCAUGUAACCAAGAGCCAACCCCUGGGAGCCCCCCCAGCCUUGACAGCAAAUCCCUCUGAUUCUCUAAGGAGCACGAAGAGGAAGUGCCCCUCCCAAGAGUGCAUGGGCAGGUGGACUGGUCAGCUGCCCACCAGCGCUGCCCGGACCUGACGCUCCCUGCUCCCCAGUGCCCACAGCCCUUGUCUGGGUGCCCUGGCCCCUCCCGCAGCGUAACUGCCUGUGUAUAGUACAAAUAUAUAUAUUUUCUAUAUAUAAGAUGUAUAAUAUAAGGCUCCACAAAUAUAUCUGUGUGUGUGUGUGCGGUGAAGGGCGGCCCCACCCAGGGCCCCUACUGUAGCCCCUCCCCUCCGCCACCUGGUUAAGGCUCUCAAGAGUGGACCCAGUGGUCCCGGCCCCCUCCUUUAUGACGUCCAUCCAUGUGUGGUGAACAAGUGAAGGUGGUGACUUCUGGUGACAUAGUAAUAAAGUGAAGACUCAGA